GUCGCCAAUGAUAUUAGAAUGUCGUAAAGUGUCGAAACGCGAGUGUGCGUGUAGCAGCGCUGCCUCACAUACACAUACACACACAUAGCAGCGCAUUAAUGGACUCCGCGGAUCGGCAGGAAUGGUGACUCGCAGCCGAGGGCAAACGGGGAGGAAUUUUUGCCACAUAUCACCAUUAAAUAAGACGUCCUCUCCGUACGUUUAGCUCACCGUGGCAUAUUUCGUGUGAUAUUCUGAGUGGCGCGUAUUUUCUCGUAUAUUUAAGGCGAAAUCGUCGAAAUAAACGUCAGUUAGCGGGGAGGCUAAAGCGCUGGGCCUCUCUCUCGGGUUUGUGAGACUGUCAGUUUCACACAAGCUGACGUUCGCUCGCUUCCUCGAUACUUUUCUACUUCUCUCGACGAAUAUUGGGUUCCGUAGGCUCUGGAAAGGACAUUAAGGCUUAUUGUGACAGUUUUGUGAAGUGUUAGAGAUUGCUGUCUCCAAUGGAACCGUAUGACUCAGCUUAUUUAGCCUUGGUGUUGCAUGCAAGCUAGUCACUAUGAAGAGUGAUAUUCCGUUAGACGCACGCCGCAAGCAGGAGACCCUGAAGGGUCCUCUGGCUAACCCUGAACCCAUGGAGACGGCCAAAAGCUUCCCUCCUGAGAUGGAGGUGAUUGGCAAGGCAGGAAGCGAUUUUCCUUCUCCUCUCUGUGCUGAGACCAGGCACCGGCCUUCACGUGAUGCCGCAGGUCGCAGAGACUGCGAAAGAGGUCUAUCUGGACGCAAAAAGCGCAAGAGCCAGCAGCCAGGCCCCUCGUAUUGUUCUCUGAAGGACGGGCAAGUGAGUGAAACACCCCUUACUCCUCCCCGGCAUAGGCCGAUGCUGUUAGAUCCACGUAGCGAGGACGAGAGGAACCCAGAGUCCUCGUUGAGCGACUGUGCCUCCUCGCCCUCCUCCAGCCUUCGGUUUGGUGACUCGGACACUCUCAGCUCAGAGGAGGAGGGCGGGUCCACAGGUGGUUUAAUGACAGUCAGACCGCAGCAACAGCUCAAGUCUCCUGGUUCAGGCUCUACCGGCAGCGCCGGAGGUGGUACAGGCACGGGAGUUGGCAUGAGGCCCCUAUUGGCUCGGACUCGUGCCAGCAGGUCACAUAAGUGGGCGCGGCUUGAGCCAGAGACCAAUCACGUGAAACGUCCAUGUCUUGGCUCACGCAGGCUGUUACACAGGAAACGUUUUGUAAAGGGUGGGGCAGGAGGCGGGGCCCAGCGGACUCCGAAGCAGAGGGAGCGAUUACUGCUGCAGAGGAAGAAGCGAGAGGUGAUCGCACGGAAGAAAUACGCCCUCCUGCACAGUACCAGCAGCUCCAGCGAGGAGCUGACCUCUGACUCCUCCUCUCCUUCCUCCACGGAGGCAGAGGAUGAACUGUACGUGGAUGUUAGCAGCAGUAGCAGCCAAGCCAGCACUGCGGCUGUGGCCUCAGGUGUGCUGGAUGAGGACGUUGUUGUGAUUGAAGCGACACCUGCACCCGCAGUGCCUGCGAAUGAAGAGAUCAACGUCACCUCCACAGACAGUGAAGUGGAGAUUGUUACCGUUGGAGAUGCCUUCAGGCCACGCUCAGUGGGAAGUCAUGGCAGGAUGCACUGGGGUCCCAGCUGUUCCCAGAACCGAGCUCAGGAGGGGCGUGGCCGCCAUCGCCUGUCCACAGUCAUCCAGCCACUCAGGCAGAGUGCUGGAGAGGUGGUGGACCUCACCGUGGACGAGGAUGAUCUUUCAGUUGUGCCAACCACAUCUGACAGCACACACCCACAGCCGGUCAGUUCUUCCUCAUCAUCUUCCUCUUCUCGUAAUGCCUGUACCUCAGAAUCGCCGCAGGAGGGUCCUGGUGCCUCCAGUAGCUGCUCGGCAGCUGCCCCUGAUAGCACACUGGCAGCUCAGAGCCACAGUGGAGUGCCAGGACCAAGAGUUACCAACACCACUGCCACUGAAGAUGACAACAGAAGAAACAUGUCGGCUGAGAACGGUGGAGUGGCGAUGCCCAGGUUACCCUCCUGUUGCCCCCAGCACUCUCCUUGCAGCGGACCCUCUUCAGGGCACCUCUCCCUGGGACACACCCACUCGGGCUGCCUACAGGGUGGGACUACACAGCAGUCCGGCUCCACGCAGUCCGGCGCCCAGCACUCUCACAGUCACUCGCACCACUUUCACCACCACCAUCACCCCACACCUGUCCCCCCUUCCCUGCCCUUCCCAGAGUCCAGCUGCCCGUUGGAGAGACCCACUGCCUUGCCUGCACCCUGUGGAGGGGUGAGCAUCAGCAACCAGUAUCAUGACCAGACUCUGCCUGUGGAUCUCAGUAGCAGUGCUGUGCGUAGCAGCGGAUCCAGCAGCACAGGGUUCCACAGCACAUCUGCCUUCGACCCCUGCUGUCCUGGUUCCACCUCCCGGCCUCCUGCCUACGUUUCCCAGGCUGCACCUUUACCCAGCCAGCAGACUGUGGUCGACUCAUUCAGCUCAGCCAUAGUGGGCCAACCUCAGCCCCAGCCUCCUCAACUCUCCUCCUGCAGGCACUACAUCCAUCCUCCCUAUGGCCCACUGCCACGCCCCCUUCACCACCAGCCCCCCUCCUCCUGCCCUCACUCCCACGGCAAUGCCCCCCCCCCUCAACAGCCUCCUUCGCAGGGAGACUAUAUCAUCCCACACCCUGUCCUCCCUUUCCACACCCCACUGCCCUCUCAUGCCCCGGGGCACUCUGUGCCACCGGCCCCUCCACCUUCUCUUCCUGCCCACCAUCUACCAGGCUCCAGUGCAUCUCUGCCUCAACAUCUUCCACCUGAGCACCAGGCGCUGCAGCACCACCUGCCCUCCGUUCUAGGCCCCAACCCUGUCCAGCGGCUCCACCAGCAUGACAUACUUCAGAGAAUGGAGGUUCAGAGACGCAGAAUGAUGCAGCACCCAACGCGAGCACACGAGAGGCCACCGCCACAUCCCCACAGAAUGCACCCUAACUAUGGUCACGGGCAUCACAUUCACGUCCCACAAACCAUGUCAUCGCACCCUCGGCAGGCUGACCAGAGGACUGCAUGGGAGCUGGGCAUUGAGGCUGGUGUUACUGUAUCUCCCUACCCUUCGGGGGGACACCUACACCAUCUUCCCCACUAUCACCCUCCACCCAGACUGCACCAUCUCCCCCUACAUCUGGUGCACACUGGCAUGUCUGAAGUGACCUAUCCGCACAUCCGUUACAUAUCUUCCAGAAUGACCUUUGGACGUACCUAUGAGGAUCUGCUGCAUUUAGAAGAGCGACUGGGGACUGUGAAUCGUGGAGCCUCUCAGGGAACCAUAGAGAGGUGCACCUACCCACACAAGUACAAAAAGAAGGUGGUGGAGAGAGACACUGAGGAACAGUUAGCACCUGAAGCAUGGGCAUCUGUGGGGAAAAAUAUGCACUCAACCUCAAACUCGAGAAAGCUGCAUGGGAAGCAAGAGGAAGAGGAGGGGGCAGAGGAAGACACGGAGGAGAAAUGCACCAUCUGUCUGUCUAUACUGGAGGAAGGGGAGGAUGUCAGGCGCCUUCCUUGUAUGCACCUCUUCCAUCAACUGUGUGUAGAUCAGUGGCUCCUCACAAACAAGAAAUGCCCCAUCUGCAGAGUGGACAUCGAGGCUCAGUUAUCUCCAGAGAGUUGAUGCUAUUUUUCUCGCUAACCUUUUUGUUGGACAUUUAUUUGUUUCCUUUUUAUUUUCGUCAGUAACGCAUUCAACCAAAGACGGCAUGAAAUACCUGCGCAACUAUGGGAGAAAAAAACAACAAUCCACAAAAAAAGCAUCAAGCCUAGAGUGCCAGCUAUCAUGUAGUACCAGUACAGCUAGAAACAACAUCUUCAUCAAGGGUUUUGAAUUGUAUUGUAUUUAUAAAGGGUUUAUGUAGCUUUUGUUUUCAUAAGUGUCAUUGUAUUUUAUUUUUGCAUGGUUCCUUGCAAUGCAUUUCUUUGCACAUAUAAUGAAAUAGGCCUCCUAAGGCCUGAGAUCUUGCAGGUGAGGAUUGCUGCUCUGGUAAAGAAGCAUUUUUACAUACCUGAUGCCUUGCUUUACUGGAAUAGAAUGUCAACCUCCAUUUUUGAACAUUGCAGGACUCAAUUCAUUGAUCAGUAUAUUGAUUAGUUUUAUGUUUUAGACAAUGUGAUCUGAAAUAGAACUUUUAAGUGAGUCAAGACAUUCCUUAUUUAGGAAAUGAGAUCAUGGAUAAGAGAUCAGCUGCUGUAAAGGUGUUCACAUUCUCACACAAGCUCACUCUUAACACCGGAACCUGGGCUGGACUCCAUUCCAUUUCACUUCAGCUCGUGACCAGAACUAACCGAAUUCAGGAAAUUUGAUGUUAAAGAAAAUGUACUAUGAAUUUUUUACUUUUAUUCAUUAGAUCUUUAACUGAUUGAAUUGAAAUGCAUUCAACUCCAGCCCUGAUGAGAACCAACUGCACACGUCAACUUGGACGUUCACAUGGUCGUGUUCCAUCAGUCUCCUCUCUGCACCUCAAUCUGGCGGCUCGUGUAACACUUCACCUAAUGUAUUUUCAAAGAGAAAGAAAUAUAUGAAUGUCACCUCUCUGUAUUCUAGUUGUUGUUUUUGUAUUAUAAUCAAGUUGGACUUUUAAUUAGAUAAAGGAGGAAGUUUAAAUUCGCAAAUGUGGAGUACUGGGAAACAGAUUAUUUAUUUCAUCAAGGUCUCCUAGCCUUGUUCAUUUCUCUCUCAGAAUUGACUCGUUAGCUUUUUUCUCAGAUAUUGUCAUUAACACAUUUGUUCUGCAACUGGGCAAACCUGUUUUUUUUCUUCAGUUUUUUAACAUGCUCUUUUUUUGUGUGUCUGACAGUGAAAUCCUAACACUAAUAUUAAUCACAACUAGCUAACUUGCAUAUACUUGCACAUGAGAGACAAAAGCCAGGAGUGCUGCGAGAAUGAGAGUGCGCUGAGGCUGUGUAUUUCCUCUCUGAUUGCCCAACUAUGAGGAAAAACUGUAAUAAUUUUGAAUGGAGUGUUGGAAUGCAGUACUUAAUGGCAGGUGUCCAUGCAUUCAUAGACUUAAUGGUUCCAGGAUGAUAUUCCAUGGGAUUUAUAUUAGUUUUAAAAUAAUGAAAUUAAUAAAGUUAGGUAACUCUUUAA